CAACUCACAGCUUACAUCCAAUAAUCGUGAGCGCAUCCUCACACGAGACUUCAUUGUUCACCAUUUUUGUCAGCAGAGUGCUCUCGAUAUUACUUUUUUUUUUUUACCCCACACAGUGGCAUUCACUCUCUUUUGCUCUUCUCGUCUGUUGGUAUCAAUACAUCCAUUCUUUUGUGAGCAUAUAAAAAUAUAAACUACCUCUUCUCUCUCCCUUCACACACCGUAAUAACUCCUUUACUAAUUUCCCUGACAUAACAUAAAACCAUCAUGGCAGGAACCGAUGUCCAGCAAGAAUGGAGUUCGGGAGAUUUGAUGAAGCAUGAUCAAGGUGCCAAGUCCUCACCAUUUUUAUCCCCACUGGCCGUCAAUGGCAGCAGGACAACAGUGGCCUCUUCAACUUCUUCAAAUUCGGGUUCCGAUCUAGAUUGUAUCGAAGCAAAGGUCGAGGGACUAGAUAUUAGUUCAUCACUGCUGGUUUCAUCCACAGGGAUCAGCUAUCCUUCCCCGCCCUCAACUCAACAGGACACUACCAAACCACCAAUCCCCCCCACAGACCCAUCACCAUCUAAUGUCGACGCAAAGACCCAACGCAAUUCAAAUUUGCCAUCGCCCUUACAGAUAAAUUCAUUUGAGCCCAAAUCAAGUCAACAAGGCAGCCAUGAUGGUCAAGGCACUCGAACGCCCUCAUCUGCAUCGUUUAUUCAGUCCCCGACGAGCAUUUCAGAUUCUUCCUCCUCUGGGAGUGCACACCCAUCUCACAAUCAUCCACCCCAACUAUGGGCAGCCAACAGCAACAACCACAGCCCUCGUCACGGGCCUUUGUUGACUGGCAACUCUUCGCCUGCAUUGACACCUCAACUUACAGCAUCUUACAAUAAUAACAAUGGUGGCUCCUCAAAUUCACUGGCUCCCCCUGGAUCAUUCAUGCCCGUGCCCGGCGCACCCAGGAAGAGCUCCGUUGCGAGCUUGGGUGCCAUUCCUCGUAACUUCACUGGAUUCCGUGGUGCACCUCUAGGUCAGACGUCUGAUACAGAAUCGGUUUUAAAGCAGUUUGAUGUUUAUUAUGGCAAGGUUUAUAUUCGCGGUCAGCUUCAGAAAAAGAACGAUCUGGGCCUUGACGGGGCUAAGUUACAAGGGGAACAAUGGGCAGUCUACACCGUAGAGCUGGUUGGAUCCAAGUUGCGGUUAAGCCCUAUUAAUAAUACUACACACCUUCAGCCGGAAGAGAUGACCCUUGAGGAGGCUAAUGUGGAAAUGCAGGACGGACCAAACGGCGGUACAUUCACAAUUAACUGGAAAGGAGCUAACAGGACUAUUUUCCAACCUGUUCAGCAGCUCAGUCUCGGUGAACCUGAGGCGGGAUCGACAUGCCAAGAUUGGGUCUGUGCCAUUCGUCUUAGCUGUUACGAGUGCUCUCGGCUUCAGGAGAUCUAUACCUCAACAUUACUGCGGCAACCAAAGUUCAGAGAACAAGUUGCGGCCGCGAUAGAAGGUCCAGUAAAGUAUGCGGGCACACUCCAGGUCCGGUUCUGGGCAGGUGAAGAGUGGCUGAAUUUGUACGUCGUGAUCUCGGACCAACGCGGAGAGGAAACCAAGAAGAAGAAGCAGGGCAAGGUUCUGCAGGCAAUACCUAUCCGAGGCCAGAUUCAUUUCUAUGAGAAUCCCAAGGCUAAAAAACCAUUUGUGUCUCUUUAUAACGUCAGUCAAGCCUAUGCAGUUUGCCCGAGUCGAUUGAGUCUAGAUGCGUCCAAGAACAGCAAAGCGGGAGAGGAAGGGUCCUUGAUCGUCAAGCUUGAAGGAGAUGUGGUGAUGCAACGGGAGAAUCUUGUACCACAACGAAAGGGUUUUUUUAGUGCCGCACCCCCGCCUUCAGCCAUAGCACAGAGCCUUCAAGCAUUAUUACCAACCGGUCGAUCUAUGUUUGCCACAUUCCAAGUUCCCAACGCUGUGGAACGUACAAAGCUUUUGCUCGGCACCAGCGAGGCUUUUAGGAUAUAUGGAAAGCCCGGCCCAUUGCUAUUUGAUUCACCCAUGGACCCUGCUGCUAUGAACUUUGGAUGCACGGCAUCAUCAUUACUUCAGCAAGAACUCUUGAUCGGAUUGGAUACUGUCCUUCAUAUCCCUCAAAGAGGUGAAAGCCUUGCGGACGUCAAGUUUUCAUUUGGUGAAGUCCUUCGGAAACGCCUCAUUGCAGAGAAUCCCCCAGUCCCACAACGCCCUCAUUCUGGGUAUUUUGCAAGACGACAUAGCACUUUGCCAUACGGCGCCUAUGGCGUUCAUGAAAAUUUGGCAGCACCACCGAUGAUGGCAGCCAUGCGCGCUAGAGCCUAUUCUGGAUCUGCUUUCAUGGCCCCACAUCCCUCUUCUAAUUUGCAUCCAAUGCAGGUUCCUCCAUGGGCUGGCCGCCCCGUCAGCUCCUACAUGCCUCAACCUGGACCUCUUGCUUCACCCUAUAACCAACAUCUUUACCGACCCGCCUAUGCCUCUUCCAAUACAAGUACUGAUGAAAACGAUGCAAACUUGGUGACGGAUGAAGAAGGAGAGGACGAUGAAUACCCAGAUUCGUCGGAAGAGGAUGAAGAUAGCCAUAUCACGCCUUUCCGCCCCCGAGCUGGCUCCCUGAUGGCCCCCGCAGCCCCUUUUCGUGGACCGGGAAGCCGCAAGGGCAGUGUCAGUGCACUCAGCGUGCAGAGUGGCCGAACAGGUAGAAGCGGUAGCUUUACAAGUGCUCAUGGUGUACAGAUCGUCAUGCCAGGAGAAUCACUGCUGCCAACAACGCAAGAGAGGAGGCCAACAUCAACGGUAUUAGAGCUUCCAUCGCUCCACUCUUUCUCGGAUGAAUUUGGUAUCAAGGAGGAGCCCGAAGAACAACAGCAAAGGAGAAUGAGCGCAGUUGUGUAUCCAGCACAAAUUGUGACCUCUAAGAACAAGAUGCGAAGAGAUUCUACAGUCAGUGGUCCCAAAAGCGCCGCCUCUGUAACCUCGCCAUCUAUUCCAGCCCCUGAGAUUGUUACUGCAGUAGCGAACGAGGCUUCAAGCUAAUUCAUCAAGGGUGACAUGGUUAUCAAUUGUACAAACAUUGAUUGUUGAGAAUAAGUAGAACAAUCCUCGAAAUAACGUUUUCUGUGAUGAUUUCAGAAGUAUACGCCUAAUGCCAAAAUAAUAAAUUCAUCAUACCAUUUGCUAUUAAAUAAAUAUUGAUUACGACGGUGCC